CGCCCGCCAUGGCCGCCGCCACCGGGGCGCCGCUCGGCGGCCUGAACCCGAAGCCGAAGACAAACCCUAGCGCCAACCCCCCCGGCCUCCGGUCCGGGGGGAAGCCCGCCGCGCUGGCCGACAUCACCAACACCGGGAGGCCCGGCCCUCCCAGGCGCACCAUGGCCGACGUGCUCAAGGAGAACGCCAAGUUGGCUCAGCUGGUUGCCCAGAAAACCAAGAUCAUUGAGGUCAGCGGCUUUGAGAUCUACAAGCUCCGCGCCGCGCUGCACUCCACGCAUCAGCAGAACCUGCACUUCGCGCAAGCUAAUUCUCAGAUGACCGCGGAACUAAAUCAGGCAAAAGAUCGACUAAAGGUAUUGCAGCAUGAGCUUGAAUGUGUGAAAGCAAUGCUUAAAGUAAAGGAGUUAAAAGCUGCACCUUCCAAAUUUGCACCAAUUGAAGCUCAUCAAGAUGAGAAUAAGGGCACCAGUGCUAAUGUGCACCAUUCAGUCGAGACACAAUCCUCUAUGCCAUCUAAUACAGACCGGCCAGAAGCACCGCCAGAUAAAACAAAUAAGAGAACAUCAGUGAAUACACGCACAAGUAAGCAAAAGUCAGAAUCAUGCAAAGGUACAAAAGAGACCAACACAUUUCAACAGCGCCACAGACCAGAUGUGCGCCCCACUGAGUCAUCGCAUCAAGAGGAUCAGAGAAACACAGUACGAAGAAGGUCUUCUAGACUAAACGCAGGGUCUUGUGAGAUGACAGAAGCCUCUAGUGAGACCUUGUAUACAGACACUGGUGUUCCUUCAUCUUGUAGUCUUAGUGUUCCAGAACUUGAUGAACCAAAUAGUGGAGAAGACAUGGGGAAGGCAGAACAAGAUGAACUGUUAUGCAACACAGGAGUGCAUAUAAAGGCUUCAGUGCUCAAGAAAAACGAGAUAAAUAAGCAUCUGCAGAAAGAAGCGAAUGUGCAGGAGGAGAUAAAAGAAGCACAUUCUGUGAUUACUAUAAUUGAGGACCUUGAGGUACAUCAAAUUGACAACCAGGCAACGAAUACCAACCCAAUCCACCCGGCAGAAACUCAACCAUCUCCGCCAUCUAAUACUCAACAGCCUGAACCACCCAAAGAAAGAGCAAAAGAAAGGGGUGGAUACAAACGGAAAUUGGAUUCAUGUGGAGGUCAAAAGGACUCAGACAUAGAGGACACUAAUGCCAAACCUGACUCUACUUGUAGUGAACCACCGUCUCAUGAAGAGACGAGAAAAUCUCCGAGAAGAAAAUCCUCAACAAAGAACCCAGGAGAAUCUGGUGAGGCCACAAAGGGAACUCUUGAGACCAAGCAAGAGGAAAUUAUUGCUCCUUUAGUCCCUUCCAGCUCAGAUGUCGUGAUGGAGCAGAGCAAAGAUGAGAAGCAAAGUGACAGCCGUUCCUCGAUGGAACCUUCUGAAGAGCAGGCGGCGGGCAGGUCCUCGGUGCAAGCGACAGGUAGAAGGUCUUCGAUGCGGGCAGCAGCAAAGGCUGUCUGCUACAAGGAGAUACCCAGGAACGUGAAGAUGCGUCGACCUUAGCAAACAGCCAGUAACAUUCUGUGACCGGGUCGAUUGCGCAUUCUUUUGUGGAGUAGAAUAUAAUAUUUGUUGUAUGAUUGUAGAGGUCUGUUGCUUCCCCGCAUGAAAUGUAGUAUCGUGUUGUUCUGCCAUACUGGUGAUGGACCGUACAGCGGUCCCUUUUGUGCUAGAACUGACCAUGGCCAUUUGUCGCGGACAUGUAUGAAUGACAAUGCCAAUUGCAAGCAGCUGACCAUUGGUAGUA